CGUAAGGUCAAAGUUGAAAUAUGAUGUACACAAACAUUAACUAGUUGGAGUCAGUGCUCUGGUUGCUAUAGUUGCGGUAGCGUAUUAUCAAGCAUACUUUUAUGGAAAAAAAAAAGUUUUCUUGAGAAACAGCAAGACAUAAGAAGCUGAGUCCAACGGAAGCGAACUGUAUAUGUUCAACAAUUCGGCUCGAUUCGGUUUGCUAGCGUAGCUUGUAGCAUGCAGGGCUAGCUCAGCUAUGGAUGCGCUCAGCAUCGUUGUGGAUGAAGUGGCUUUGGAGGGACUGGACGGAAUAACCCUCCCGUCUCUUUGGAUACGUCUGGAGGACAGAGAUCCAAAGUUUCCCUUGAAGCUAGACGACUGUACCAAGGGUUUCAUCUGGAGGUCUCUUGUUAACAACGCCGACCUGAGCUUCCACGAGCUGCCCGAGGAGAGGGAGGACAUCGAGUUGUUUGACAGGUUUAAGGACAUCGACCCAGAGACGGGCUGUGAAACACAGAAACAGAAAUUCUCUCUUGACAGAAGAGACGUUUAUCCUCUUCAUGUCAUUCCCGAGAAUCAGGAUGGAAUACAAGGCUCGUGUGUCUUCUUCAAAGAGAGGAAGAACGUCACAAAGCAAAUCCGCUCCAAGUCCUUUGCUCUUCUGGUUAACCUGGAGGAGGCUCAGAAAAGAUAUGGACGAAAGCUCGUGGUUGUGGCUUCCCAGGAUCUGCGCUUCCGAACUUUGAUCGGGAGCAACAACGAUCCCGAGUCAAAAAUUAGCAACGACUCGUACUGCGUGCUUGAGAGAGUUGGCCGUGGUCGUUGGCAAGGAGAGCUACAGAGCGAUCUGCAUGGGAGUCUGUUCAAGAUAGAUGCUCGAAAAAUGCACUACUUGAGGAAGUGUCUUGUGAAGCACGAACUGAUCACCAUGCAGUCUUACGUCAGACGGCUGAAGACAGGACAGCAGCAGCACUCCAUUCUGCUCCUGCUCAAGCGCUUCCAUGUCAACAGGCGGAACAAAUACGACAUCCUGAUGGAGCACGUGUCUGACUUUCUACUACAGCUGCCUGACCACUUCAGCACUGUGGACAAUCUCAAAGAGCACCUCAAUUUGAACGAGAAGACUUUGAAGCGUCUGUUCAAAAGCCUCCGAUACAGCAAGCUGGUGGAGUUUUGCCAGUACGCUUUAGAAGACCUGGAUCCCAGUGCUGAACAUUGCACCAAUAAAAAUGGCAGUAAAGUCCUUAUUCGCUGCAUAAAACUCUUGAAGCCGUAUGGAAAAAAAACUCCUGCAGAUUCUGACGACGACGAUGAGGAUGAUGACGAUUACGCUGAAGGAGGAGGAGGGGGAGGAGGAGGAAGAGUCCUCCCGUCUGAGGGACGAAUCAUGGAGAGGGAUUUCAUGUCGCAGGCCUACCACAUAAUAUUGUCUUCUGGUACAAAGGGAGUCCCUCAAAGAGAAAUUGGAUUAAGAAUGAACGUUGGUCGGCUGGAAUCUCGCAUGAUCUGUCGUAAGAUGGACAGGGAUGGGGUUAUUAAGAGUUUUAUGGAGGAUGAGGGUCGGCAGAGGACCACAAAAUUUAUCAGCCACAAGUGCGCAAGCGCCAGCGAUCAACUCCAGCUGUUCGCUAAAGAGCAGGAAAGGAACAAGCUGCUGUCCUCUUCAGCGUCGCACAAAUUGGACACCAAGACAUCGUCCUCCUCGAGCAAAAGCCGCAAAACUCCCAGAACCCAGAAGAGUAAGAAAGCAGGCGGAAGCCGAAACAAAGACAAAGAGGAGGACCAGCAGGUUCGUGAUGAUCACACUGAGGAUGAAGAGCUGAACGGAAAGAGUGAUGAAGCAGAUGAAAAAUCUGGAGCAAAGAGGACAGAGGAGGAAGAUUGCGUGACAAGAAAGCAGAUGGAACCUGACGCUCCCGUCACACCGUCUGCUCAAGCUGAGAGUGAGACUCCGUCCUGCAGCAGAUCCAGCGACGCUACAACACCCGACUCUGUAUCCAUUCCUGCUCCAGAACCUCCAGUUGAAGAAGAGGAACAACCCAACUCAACUCCUGCCAGCUCUUUGUCUCAGAGCGAGGCUGUGCAUCCAUCUGAUAACCCGGCAAACGCCGAGGUCGUUGAGAUUGAUAGCGUCUUCCAGCCGCAGAGAUCUCAUGAGACGUACCGCCUGCUGAAGAGGAAGAACAUGAUUGUCGAAGCAAUUCAGAGCUUUAAGAUUAUAGAGGGCUUCUUCCCGCUGCAGAAAAUCAUCAACGAUGCAGAAAAGAAGGAUGGCGUCAGCUCAAAGUGUUGCAAGAAGACUGUUUUGCGGCUUGUCCACAGUCUGUCCAGGGAAGGCCUGCUGAAGCUUUACGCCACCACCGUCAUACAGGACGGGGUCACUAAGAAGGUGGACAUAAUUGCUCAUCCAUCCAUUCAGCCGAGUGAUGUGAGAGUCAGUCAGCUCAUCGAACAGAUCCGGUUCAGAAUCUCCAGCUCCUACGCAGCUGGACGUCUGCAGGUUGCUGAAGAAAAAGGAGAACAGCUCAAAUCAGAAAAGGCAACCACAUCAAAAGCACAGAAGAGCGUCUCAAGAAACAAGAUGUUAGGAUGUGAAGAAGAUGCAAGCUUCAAACCCACGCCAGUUCCUGGAUUGGGCAAAACGUUGGGCUUCCAGCCCAAGAUGAUUCGUCUGCGUGUCGUUCACAGUUUCCUCUGGUACCUCAUCUACGGCCACCCGCUGCGGAAUAACCCCACCGAGGCUCUCUCUGCCAGUCAGAGUCCGGCAAAACCGGUCAGCUCCGAUUCUGGCGCCGGGCUCCCAGAAUCCCAAGCAAAGCAGGACGAAAUCUCUAACCCGCCUCCAAUAGAUGAGGGAUUAGGCGAUGAAGACAGGCUGCAGGGUGAUCAGUCUAAACCGGAUCAGUCUGACGCCGACAUGAAAGUGUAUGCUGAUGAAGAUUCAUGGAGGAGAUUUAUCCCUCCUGUUCCUCUAGACAAAGGCUUCAGCAGCGGCUGGGCGAUGGUUCGCAGUCUCCUCCUGUGCUUGCCUCUCUCUAUUUUUGUGCAGAUCGUCCAAAUCAAUUACAAGGUGGAUGAGCUGGAGGAUUACCUCAGUGACUCUGUGAAGCAGCACUAUCUCGUCAGAGCGCUGCCCUCUAGAAUGAAAAGACAGCUUCUUUAUAAAAGGAAAUACAUUUUCCUCUUUCAUGAGAACCUGCAGAAGUUGACCUACAUGGGUUUGGUGCAGUUCGGUGUAGUUGAGAGAUUCAAAGACAAAGACCAGGUGUUUGUUUACCUGAAGCGCAACGCCUCCAUUGUCGACACAACCACUUCGGAGCCUCACUACUGGCUGGUGCAGGAGCCGCCUGAUUCGCCUUUCGAGAGGCGCCAGUAUACGUUCAACACCGCCGAGGACGUGGAGAGCUUCUGGUUCGACCUGAUGUGUGUCUGCCUCAAUACGCCACUGGGGGUGGUUCGUAGCAAGAGAAACAACCCGGACGAUGAUUCGGCACCUCCUUUUGUGCACGAUCACAACAUGAUUGCUGGAAUGAGUUACCUGCUAAAAGGUAGCUAUGAAGUGUGUGACGACGGCUCCAUACCGGGAGACGGCAGAGGAGCAGCAGGUCUGGACUCUGAACUCUUCAGUCAUCUGAAACGCAACUGGCUGUGGACAUGCCACCUUCUCACCUCUAAGCCGAGGCCAAGUAUUUCAGAGGGACCAGAUUCCAAACUGAGGCUGAAGAGCCUGCUGAGUAGAAAUUCCCUCAGGAUGACUCUUCAAGCUGGAAAAGGCCUCGCACCUUGUUAUUUGACCAACAAGCGGCCUCUGAUUGCAGAAAACGUCGAGAUGGGGAUAGAGUCGGUUUUAAGAAACAAGCUGGUGGUUGGAGGAAAGGGACAGACGAGGAAGAGGAAGAAAACAGAAGCGGUCAAGGCCCCACGCAGGAAGAAAAAAGAACCUAGAAAACGCACUCGAGCCCAUGACGCGACUGACCACCAGGCUCUGAAGAGAAUGACCAGACACAGAGUCUACUGGUCCGUUCAGGAGGACUCGGUCAUGAUGCUCUGCUCUGUGGCAUCACACCUGCUCAACAGCAAGAUAAAAAGGCCGUUUGUGCCUUACUGUGUUGUAAGAGAUCUUCUCCACGCAGAGUUCGACAUAUCGAAAGAUAAAACGUCUGUCGCUGUUGGACGUCGCACAAGAUACAUCCUGAAAAAUCCUCAAACACUCCUGAACUACAGGAUCUGUUUGGCUGAGGUGCAUCAGGACAAAGCUUUGAUGAGCCUGUUGGAGAAGAACAAACCUGCUGACCCGGAUCAGGCAGACGACUGCGCUGAAGUCUUCUCGGAGUACGUGCGGCUGCUGAGACAGAAGUUCAGCACAGUCAUGUGUGAUCGCAACCUGGUCAUACCCGACUCUCAAGAGCAGAUCUUCACACGAUUUAAAGUUUCUGCGAUAGAAAGUGGAAAAUAUGUCCCAUCCAAAGACAUCAUCAACUGCAAAGAAGACAUUCAUGCUAUCGUCUUACACAAUCUGAUCCAGAGCUCUCUGUCUAUGACCAAUGGUCAGAUGAAGUCUUUCAGAUCAUUUCAGACUUUCCACACAUACAGUAAGUAUAACCAGGAGCUGCUCUGUCAAGUGUUCGUCCAGUGCAAGAAGAGGCGUAUGUUCAAUCGCCGUCGCAUCAGUAAGAUGCUCGAGCCCAAGAAGAACCGAGGCCUGCCCAUGCUGCCCAUGUCCUUCCAGAUGUCCCAGACCUACUACAGGCAUUUCGUGUGGCGCUUUCCGUUUUCCCUGUGCACCGAGUCCUUCUGCUUCUUGAGGAAUUUAAUAACCAGAGGGCCAGGGGUCGACAGGCCUGCCACCGCUUUCUAUCACGAACCUGAAAUCAGGUCACAAACCAGUGAGGAGGUGUGCGACAGGAAAACGUCAAAACAGGCCAAGCACGAAACUGAGCCACAGAUACAAACAGCUGGAGCCGAAUCCACAGACAAAGUAGACAACAACCAAAGUCUAACGCAGGAAGAGGAGAAAUCCCGGGAAUCAGAAGAGAAACUUGAGAACACAGAGGAGAAGAGCCAAUCAGAUGAACAGAAAGAUCCAUCUGGAGAUGAUGAUGCUUCCUCGAGCAGAGAGCAGACGGAUGAGUCGCCGGAUCCUCCAAACCUAUCAGAUAUGCUGCAGUUCCCUCUGAGUUCUCCAGGGGGCGCCUGCUUGGUCUCCCUCAGCCUGAUGACUCUGGGACAGCUGAGCGUCCACGUGUCCAUCCCCAAGCAAAUCGUAGUGGUGGACAGCAGCCUGGUGGACAAUGAGGUGGUCAAGAGCAUGGCUGCUUUGGAAGAAGAUGAUGAUGAUGACGAUGACGAUGGGGAUGAGUGUGAUGGAAGAAAAAAGCUUCAAGUGAGCGCUCACCAAGCGUCACACACCAACUACUUGUUGAUGCGGGGCUACUGCUCUCCAGGGAUUGUCAAGUUGCGCAAUCUUAACAUGAAUGACAACAUUGUGGUGGAGUCGUGUAUCCUGAAGCUCAGUCUGCGAGACGUUCCAACUCAGCACGUGUUUAGUGAACAGAUUGCUCCGCCUUUGGAGUUGACUAAAUCCGGCCCCUCACUGCUGCCCCCCAUCCUUACCCGCAUCAUCCUGUCGCCAUCCUACUCUCCGCCCACGGCAGAGGAGUGUGACGAGCGCUUGGUUCGGGACAGACGGUACAGCGCCCAGGACAUUGAGGCGUGCGCUCGGCUAAGGAGGAGUUUAGACGAAGCCGGCGAAAAGGGUUUGGAUGAACGGGAUCUCCACGUCUCUCAUCUCCACCUGCAGGAGGCGCAGUCUGGACACACAAGGAGCCUGCAGCAGUUCCUGAAGGAUCUGCAAGAAGAAGGCCAGGUGGUCCGAGUCGGGAGCCAGAGUGUCCGCUGGGUCCUCAUGGAGCACGCUGAUCCGUGGCUCCUGACCGUAAACUGCAAACAAAUGUCUCAGCCUCACGAGAACGCCAACAGGCGUCCCCACCUGACGAGUCAGUACAACUUCCCCUUCGCACGUAAGAGGUGCAUCAAAGCAAUGCAGCUGGAGGCUGAGGGACCGCCUGCGAAAAAACACGCAUCAGACAAAGAGAAGCAAACGGACGGAGAUACCGGGACUGAUGGACCUGGGAAACCCAGUGAAGACGAUGCAACGGGGAAACUUGAUGCAGACGAUGGAAAUAGGAAACCUAAUGAAGCCGAACAGCAGAAAGAGCGGACAGAUGAUGGAAGCGGAGAUAAAACACUGAUUUUAGAAAUGGGGAAAGAAGUACUGACGCAGCCUGAACAAGAAGGAGAGGAGAAGAUGGAAACCGAGCAAGAACAAGGCAGACCAAGGAGGAUCAGAAAAUGCAGGGAAAGUAGUGAAAAAGUAGAAGAGGCUGUGGAAUCACCAUCAGUCAAUACCGAGGAGAACUUGAGCUUCAUCAGCCGGCCGUGGCGCUUCAUCGACGGAAAGGUGAACCGGCCGGUGUGUAAGGCAAUCCUGGAGGCGGUUCUGUACCACAUCAUGUCUCAGCCGGGCCUCACUCAGCAGACGCUGCUGGAACAUUACAAAGACGCCCUGCAGCCUGUGACGGUGCUGGACAUCGUGCAGGCACUUACAGAGUUGGGAUGCAUAAUGAAGAGAACUUUAGUUAAAGACCCUAAACCUUCGCUGUUCAGCAGUUCUGCGCCGGCCAGCAGGGGGAGCACUGCAGCGAUAGAGGAACCGGACAUCGUAUUUUAUGAGCCCACCAUCAGCUGCUGCCUGCGGCUCUGCAGGGUGCUGCCCAACGAGCGACACUGGAACAACAAUCUACCAUGAAGCUGCUGGUUCUCCUCGGCUCACACAACCAUGGAGGACUGUCUUGAUUUUUUUUGUUAAUUUGCUCUUUGGUCUUGAGUAAAAAGUUGUAAAACUAAUUUCUGCGAAUAUUUUUUCUCUGUAAAGAUAUGGUUAACAGCCAGCAUUUUGUUUAGUUGUAUUAAUUUAGCUGUAUUAAUAUUCUCUCUUAGUGCUUAAUCUAUGUGUUUAAAAGUCUAAAUAAAACAGUUUUUUUUAAAGAUAUGA